GCUUGCUGUGAGCUUUUGCUUUCAGCAACAUAAAAAUUAGUCAAAUUUACACUUAAAGCCUUUCAGUCAUGGGGACGAGUGUGGCGACGAAGAUCUUUGCUGUGCUUUGUGUUUUUCUGCUUUAUAGGACUCCACUUUUACUUCAAGCAGAGAAACACUCGUUGUAUUACAUUUACACGGCUUUGUCCAAACCUGUCAAUCAGCCGGGCAUCUAUGAAUUCAGCGCUAUGGGUCUGCUAGAUGACAGACAGAUCGACUCUUACAAUAGUGAGGAACAUGUAGACGAGCAGCUCAGAAACGGCACUCCUCCAGAUGUUCAUGUGUUUGCAAAAAGGUCUAUUAGUGACAAAUCCAAGCUGAAACUCACCUGUCUGGCCACCGGCUUCUACCCCAAAGACAUAUUCUUGACCAUCAGGAAAGAUCUCACAUCUCUGCCUGAAGAUGAGGUUGAAUCCACAGGAAUCAGACCAAACCAUGAUGAAUCCGUCCAGCUGAGGAAGAGUGUGGAGAUCAACGAGGAUGAAAAAGCAGAAUAUGAUUGUUUUGUGUCCCACAGAACCCUCAAAGAACCAGUUAUCGUCAAAUGGGGACAUCAGGAGAAAACUACUGAAUCAUUGACUGCAGCUUAUACUGAAGAACCUGUGCUUGAGAAAGGGUCUGCUGCAGGACGAGAGAAUGCUGGUGAAGCACCAGACAGCAGUGCCACUGUGUUCAUAUUUUCUCUCUCUCUCAUAUUACGUUUCAAUAUGCGAGCAAGUGUCACAACGAAGAUCUUUGCUCUGCUGUGUGUUUUUCUUCUUUAUGGGACUUUGCCUUCACUGCGAGCAGAGAAACACUCGCUGUAUUACAUUUACACGGCUUUGUCCAAACCUGUCAAUCAGCCGGGCAUCUAUCAGUUCACUGCUAUGGGUCUGCUAGAUGACAGACAGAUCGACUCUUACAAUAGUGAGGAACAGAGGAAGAUUCCCAAACAGCAGUGGAUGAAAGAGAAAAUGCAGGAGGAUUACUGGGAAAAAGGCACCCAGUCCAGAAAGAGCAAAGAACAGUGGUUUAAUGUGAAUGUUGAUAUUCUGAUGAAACGCAUGAGACACAAUGAAUCAGAUCUUCAUGUUCUUCAGUGGAGACACGGUUGUGAAGUUGAGCGGGAGGGAGAUGAAGUGAAGUUUUCCAAAGGCAUUAGUGAGUACGGCUAUGAUGGAGAAAACCUUCUGUCUUUUGAUAUUGAAGAGUCUCAGUGGGUCGCCGCAGUUGACGCAGCUGUACCAACCAAGAGAAAAUGGGAAAGCGUGCCGAUCCUAAACCAAUACACCAAAGGCUACCUGGAGAUAGAGUGUGUGGACUGGCUCAACAAAUUCAGAGAAUAUGGAAAUGAGGAGCUCAGAAAAGCCUCUCCUCCAGAUGUUCACAUGUUUGCAAGGAAAUCCAGUGAAACCAAGCUGAAACUCACCUGCCUGGCCACCGGUUUCUACGCCAAAGACGCGACGAUGACCAUUAGGAAAUAUUGCACAUCUCUGCCUGAAGAUGAGGUUGAAUCCACAGGAAUCAGACCAAACCAUGAUGAAACCUUCCAGCUGAGGAAGAGUGUGGAGAUCAAUGAAGAUGAAAAAGCAGAAUAUAAUUGUUUUGUGUCCCACAGAACCUUCAAAUCAAUUAUCAUAAAACUGGGACAAGCUACUGGAUCAUUGAACGCUGAAGCAUCUGCUGGACGAGAGAGAGCUGGAGAAACAUCAGACAGCUGUGUGACUGGCUCUCCGGAGAAAGUCAUUCAAACUGAGAAACACUCGCUGUAUUACAUUUACACGGCUUUGUCCAAACCUGUCAAUCAGCCGGGCAUCUAUCAGUUCACUGCUAUGGGUCUGCUAGAUGACAGACAGAUUGACUAUUACAAUAGUGAUGGACAGAGAAAGAUUCCCAAACAGCAGUGGAUGAAAGAGAAAAUGCAGGAGGAUUACUGGGAAAAAGGCACCCAGUCCAGAAAGAGCAAAGAACAGUGGUUUAAUGUGAAUGUUGAUAUUCUGAUGAAACGCAUGAGACACAAUGAAUCAGAUCUUCAUGUUCUUCAGUGGAGACACGGUUGUGAAGUUGAGUGGGAGGGAGAUGAAGUGAAGUUUUCCCAGGGGGCAAUCCUGUAA